AUUCGUGCCAGGGCAGGGCGUGGUAUUGUACCCCCAGAUCGGGGAUAAACUGGACAUUGUGUGCCCGCGUGUGGAUGGCGGAGUGGGCGAGGGCAUCGAGUAUUACAAAAUCUACAUGGUUCCUCAGGAUCAGCUGGAGAGCUGCACCAUCACCAAGGCCGACACGCCGCUGCUCAACUGCGUCAAACCCGACCAGGACGUCAAGUUCACCCUCAAGUUUCAGGAGUUCAGCCCCAACCUCUGGGGCUUGGAGUUCUUCAGGGGCAAGGACUACUACAUCAUCUCUACAUCCAAUGGCACCAUGGAAGGCAUUGACAGCCAGGAAGGGGGAGUGUGCAAGACCAAGUCUAUGAAGAUAAUCAUGAAAGUGGGACAAAAUCCCUCUGAUCCUACUUCCCCCAAAGACUACCCCACCAGCUAUCCCCCCAAGCACCCAGAAGUGGGCAAAGAGUCCAACAAACCAAACGAAGUUCUGGAGAAGUCAGGCCACUCGUACCACCCAGAGGGCGAGGAGAACGGUGCCGGCGCGGGCGGCAAGUCGUCCAGCGUGGUGGGCUCCGAGGUGGCCCUCUUCGCCUGCAUCGCGUCGGGCAGCGUCAUCUUCAUCAUCAUCAUCAUCAUGCUGGUCCUGCUGCUGCUCAAGUACCGGCGGCGGCACAGGAAGCACUCGCCGCAGCACGCCACCACGUUGUCCCUCAGCACGCUGGCCACGCCCAAGAGGGGCGGCGGCGGGGGCGGGAACAACAACGGCUCGGAGCCCAGCGACAUCAUCAUCCCGCUCAGGACUGCGGACAGCGUGUUCUGCCCGCACUACGAGAAGGUGAGCGGGGACUACGGGCACCCCGUGUACAUCGUCCAGGAGAUGCCCCCCCAGAGCCCCGCCAACAUCUACUACAAAGUCUGAAUCGGGACCUCCACGACAUGCCACCGCCCCCCCCAGCCCACCCCCAACCCACCGAUCCCCGCUCUCCCCUUUCCGGAAAAGAAAACACUAAGUCCCUCCCCUCCCACCCACCUUCCCCACACACACUUUGGCAGGGCGGGUUUGGUUCAGCCCGCUACGCGGACGCACGUGAAUCGUUCUCUCUCUCUCUCGCUCUCUCUCUCUCUCUCUCUCUCACUCCAUCUCGCUCGACCUCUCCUCCUCCCUCCCUCGUUUUUGCCCGCCGUCUUUUUUUUGGUCAACCUCCUGCAGAGAUGUUGCUAUUCUGGUUCUUCUUGUUAUUGUCGCUGAGUGGGAGGGGGAGGCUUGGGGUGGAGGUGGAGGAGGGGAGGCUGGAGAGCAAGCUGCUGAUCUCUGGAGAGAGGCGGGCGGGGGGGGGGGCAGGUUCGGAUCCCUCUCCUCUGUCCGCUCCCUGCUUUUCUCUUCUUUCUUCUCGGCGCGCUGAGAUGGACACUGGGGUCUCGGAGGCGGCCGGAGCGUUUGGACGUACGGACGAGUCGCUCGCCCGCGCGCUUCGGAGUGGAUGACAAAAGCGGACAGAUGUGCCGAUUUUUCGUGGGAGAGGCAAAGAGGAGGGAUAGAAGUUCAUCCUUUCUUUCUUAACUCCCCCCCCCCCCUCAGAAGAGGAGAGACUGCUGCUUGGAAAGAGCGAGAGACACAAAGAGAGGAGGGAAAGACGAGAGGAGAGAGCGGAGGAGGGAACGAGCGGAACUGUGAACGUUGGUCCCUUUGGUCGCCCGGGGCCACCAGGUGCAUUAUGGUCCAGAAGCGGAAUAGAGAUUCUGAUAUCUCCACUCUGAGACUUCCCUGACUGAUUCAUGGACAUUACUCACUCCCCCUGUCACUUACACUCUCACACUCAAACACACACACACACACAUACUCAUUGUGAACUGUGUGGAUCAUCUUGCAUACAACCCCGUCGUUCCUCAUUGCCCAACCUGAUUUUCAGUUUUAGCAUAACAGUUCACACAGUUGUUACUUGAACGUUUGAAAAAAAAAAAAAUAUAUGAUUCCUUUUUUUUGGUGGUAUUUUUGACACGUUGUAAGUUUGUUUAAUCAUUCGUUUCUGUUUUUUCAUUCCUGGUAUUGUUCACUCACACAGAAGACGUUGUUUAGUGUCGUGGUAUCGUCCGAGAUUUGUCGUGCUGGUGCAUGUGACGACCCACGUAAUAAACACACACUGCAUCCCAUUGGCUUGGAGAGGUGAGAAGCAGAGAGAGAAAGAGGUCAGGGAUUGGACAGGGAAGGAGGGGAGAAUUUGUGCGGCCCUCUGCAGGACAUUCACCCCUCGGUCGGGGAUCCCGGCUGCCAAGGUGGCUUCUGGGUAGGGUGGAGGAUCUUCACGAACAUUUUAAAGCAGCACUUUUUAUGUCCUCGACUCCUCCACCCAGCCGCCCAACCAUGGAGUUGGAGGCAAAAUAUGUAGAUAAGUAAAAGGUUGUAACUGUAGAGUUAAAGGGGUUGGCUUGAGUGUAACACAAAUAGGAGGCUUUUCAGAUGAAGGGGUGUUGGCAAAUGGGGGCAAUAAGGAAUUCUUGUUGGCUUUACUGCCAUUUCAGCGACACAGAGUUCAGCCGCUCUGGUCUACAUUUAGACAUUUAGUCAUUUAGCAGACGCUCUUAUCCAGAGCGACUUACAGUAAGUACAGGGACAUUCCCCCCGAGGCAAGUAGGGUGAAGUGCCUUGCCCAAGGACACAACGUCAGUUGGCAUGACCGGGAAUCGAACUGGCAACCUUCGGAUUACUAGCCCGCUUCCCUCACCGCUCAGCCACCUGACUCCCUGGUCUAGGGUGUAGCAUAGCCACAGGAUGGAGCCGUUCUUGGUACUGUGGCUCCCAGAAGGGUCGACGCGGCAGCGCCCCCGGAGGUCGGAGGUCAGGCGGACCAGUGCUCUCCUGCUCACGUUUAAAAAGCACAGGGACUUCAACACACUUUGUUGCCGUUACUCGGUCUUCAUUAGCAUUUCCGUAUCGUGAUUUUUUUUCCCAUUCUUUUUUUCCAUACAUUUUUGUUGUUUGUUUUAAAUCAAAAUAGAUGUACAUUUAAAGGAGGACAUUAAAACACAAAAACAAAAACAAAAAACUACAAAAAAAAACAACAGAAAAACCAGAAUUUAUUUAUGAUAGCCACAUAGAGCACAGGUGUAGUCAGGCGGUAUUGAGAAGUAAUGUUAAUAUAUUAUGGUAUAAGUGCACAUUAUGCAAGCUAGGUUUUCAAUUAUUCAAUAUCUGUUUGGAUCCAUAUUGUCCCACAUAUUCCCGCCCCAAACGGCUGCCUUUUUCCAUAUACACAGGGCUAGGAGCCUGGGAAGGGGAAGUGGAGAGGGAGGGCAAUCUGGACGUACGCCCAAGGGAGUGGACUUUAUCUGACCCAAAAUAACUCAGAUGGGUGGACCGGGUAGACGACCAAUGUUCCCCACACUUGCUCACUGUAGCAUCUCCCAAAGGAUGAUGGGAAGAUUCCCACGAUGACCCUGUUACCCCUCCCCUAUCGCCACGUGGUCAUGUUUUAUCUGUGUGUGUGUGCGUGUGUGUUUGUGUGUGUGUGAGAGUACCUCCGCUUGAAACAGUCCUGUGGAUGACAGAUUUUUUUUGUUAUUUCACUCCCAUUAUAAACAUUGGCUUAAGAUAAUGAAAACCUGAUUGUGACUUAGGCCAUGCCCAAACAUGUAUCAUUACUGACAUUUUCAUUUGUUCAUUAAGAAUAUCAAAUUUCACCGAAAAGCCAAGCCUUGAUCUGAGGUUUGUGCCUCUAAGAGGCUACAAAAUCUGCAAAUAUGCAAUUUUUAUUUAUUUUUUUAACAAUUGAGAAAAAACCUACACCUAUAGGAUGUGUUCUUAACCACUGAAAGAUGUAACAACAAACAAAACAAUUCAUAAAUAGCAACGAAAGUCACACAAGCCUGCUGUUCAGUUUUUUUUUUAAUGGUAGUAUUAUUUUAACAUUCUUUUCUUUACUAUAUGCCGUAGUUCAAGGUAAACUGUGAAAAAUGAAACCAAUUGAAAGUUUAAAAAAAAUGCGCCUGGGCGGUUAUUUAAGAAAAAGUGAAAAAACCACACCAGAGAACACGAACCAAUUGCUGUUUAGUUGCUGUCUGACUGCGGCAGAAUAUGACAAUCUUAGUUUCUUUCAAUCUGAUGUUCCUAUCCUAGCCAGAAACGAAUGCUCUCCCAUGGUUGCUAUGGUUUCUGUCUUGAUCAAACGGAAAAUGGGAAUCUUGUGAGAACGUUAACAUGCCGGCUAGGAAAAGUACUUCAGGCUACUGUAAAAUGCCUUGCUCGUAUGGUCAGCCCUUGGUCACCUGACUCAGUAAUUUUGCACCGUUCUUCUGUAGGUAAGAAACUGUACAUACAUUAAUGUUUGUAUUGUAUAUGGAUCCUGGGUUGUUACGAUAGCCUUAUUCACCUUUUUAGGAAAGUAAAUGGAAAACGAUACCGAAAAAAUUGAAUACACUUCAGUAAAGCCCGAGCAUACAACUUUUUUUGGUAAAUAGCUUGUGUACAUAUUGACCAGAACCCAAUAAAACAUUUUUUUAUAAACUCUUAAAGUAAGAUGUUUUGUACAAAAUUUGAAUUUUUUGCUAUGUAUUUUAGCUAGCGCUCGUUGGAAAGCUUGUGUCCUCCCACUCCCUCCCCUUUUGCACUGUUUCCAUGGAAAUUUGGUUUUAAAAAGAAAUUUGAGAGGAAAAAGUUGCCAAACCGACUGCUGCAUAUUUGUGCCAUAAGUGUGUACCAUAAAUAUUUAUUGAAUUAGUUUGUUCUGUUUUUGAUUUGACUCCUGUCCAGUUUGUAAGUAACACAGUAUUAUGAUUGCGUUGUUUGUCUUUCCUGGUUUCUUUAGUCUGUUAUGGUUUCCAGGUGGCUGUUGCCCCUCCCUUUGCAGUUUGAGAAGGCCAGGGCAUGAUACGGUUAAAACAUUCAAAAACAAAAUAAACGAAAGUGAGGAAAAAUGACACACAUUCCACCAGUCUGUUACGAACUGAAAAUGUUUUUCAAUAAAAUGUUUUUCCUAUGGA